UUCUAAUGUCUAUUUUUCCCAAUCAACCGUCACAAAAAUGGCUGCGCUUAGAGUAUUUAGCCGUAAUUUACCAUAUUUUCGACAACAAUUUUCAGCAUUACUAGGAAACACAUCGCCUUCAGUGAAGUUUAUUUGCGUUGUCGUAGUAAUAGGAUAUGUGUUAUCGUUCUCUGAAGAUGUGGUGAACGUUCUAAGUGUAACACCAGGAUAUUUGUUGCCUCCUUCGUUUCAAUUGUGGUCUACUUUUACGUUCUGGUUUCUCGAGAUACACUUAUGGGAAGUAGUUAUCGACAUAGUAACUGUGGGAUUGUGUGGGAAGUUAAUAGAGCCGCUAUGGGGCCAAAUGGAAAUGAUGAAGUUCUUUUUUCUGACGAACUUUGGCGUGGCAUUUCUGACGACCUUUUACUACUUGGUGAUAUUUGCGUGCACAGGCCAGACAUCGUAUCUGUUUGACAUACAUGUGCACGGCCUGGCGGGGUACCUGGCCGCGGUGUGUGUGGCAGUAAAGCAGAUAUUACCUGAUCAUCUGCUUGUAAAGACACCCUUAGGCAAACUUACAAAUAGAUCUCUACCACUUCUACUGCUCAUAGCGGCUAUAAUCCUAUGGGCUAUCGGAGCCCUGGAGGGCACCUAUCCAUGCAUGUGGGGCAGUGGUACCAUUCUGUCAUGGAUGUACCUGCGAUUCUGGCAGAGACAUAGCAGCGGGACCCGAGGGGAUAUGGCCGAUAAUUUCAGCUUUGACAACUUCUUCCCAACAGUCCUACAGCCUAUAGUGCGGGGUGUCCUGGGCCCGCCGCACCGCUGCCUGGUGCGCAUGGGGCUCUGCUCGCCCAGCCAGCGCCGGGUGCACCUGGCCAUGAGUCCUCGCGGCGUCACCAUCUCCAUGCCGGGCGUGGAGCCCCAGGACAUGGAGAGGAGACGACAAAUCGCGCUCAAAGCUCUAAGCGAGCGCCUAUCCAAAACGUCCGAACAGACGCGACAGAAGAACCUCUCGACCAAAGUAAACAUGGAGGCCUUACGCAAAGCGCAGGCCUCUAACGUCAUCCCUCCCUUCCCCGCUGAACCCGCGCCUCCCCCCGAGGCCACACUAGUAGACCUGGAGACCCCCACGACGAAGCAGUCAUGAUCUAUGAACAAGUUGUAGUA